AAUCAGAAUCACAAACUAUCACAUGAUUUGACCAUGAGCUAGUGGAUAUUUUGUAAAUUUGACAUCGACAGCCAGCGACAAUGGGUUCCGAAGGGGAAAGAAAGGAGUAUCUGUUCAAAGUUCUGGUAAUUGGUGAUCUUGGUGUAGGGAAGACAAGUAUUAUCAAACGAUAUGUGCAUCAGUUCUUUUCUGUUCAUUAUAGAGCAACUAUUGGAGUUGAUUUUGCACUCAAAGUCAUCAACUGGGAUCAAGACACUCUCAUAAGGCUACAGCUUUGGGAUAUUGCUGGUCAAGAAAGAUUUGGUAACAUGACAAGGGUGUAUUACAAAGAGGCAGUGGGUGCAUUCAUUGUUUUUGAUGUAACAAGAGCAUCAACUUUUGAAGCUGUGCAGAAAUGGAAAAAUGAUCUGGAYAGCAAGGUUAUGCUACCCACAGGAGAACCAGUCCCAGCAGUUUUACUAGCCAAUAAGUGUGAUCAAACAAAGGAGGGAUUAGUAAACAACUCCAAGCAAAUGGAUGAAUACUGUCAAGAUAAAGGCUUUAUAGGAUGGUUUGAAACUUCUGCAAAAGAGGAUAUMAAUGUGGCAGAUGCUGCAAACUUCCUUGUUUCAAAGAUUUUAGAAAAUGAGAAAACCCAUAACUUUGAAGGAAUUCCAAAAGACCCAGAAGCCAUAACACUUACUGAUUUAAAUAAAYCAGGGUCUAGUCCAUCAAACAGCUCACCAGCAAGGCAUGGAUCUGCUGAACCUCAGAGAAGUGGCUGCUGUUGAGACAGGAUUACGUUAGGAUACAAUUUGGAAUUUAGCACCAAGUCCGSCUAGUAUAUUUCAGCACUAAAUCCUAUCAUCUAGAUGACAAAGUUGUGUAUUGCAGCUACCAAUGAGAAAUUUAACGAAUGGAUUCCAUUUUUCCAUACGGUUUUGCUCUAAAAGCUGGUGAUUUUUGCAGUGAUUCUGAUUCCAAUUCUUUAAUUUUAUUCACUAGAAUACAAAAAAGACCACAAAAAGCUUAAAACUUGUAGUGUCAUCCAACUCACAGAGAUGAAAACAUCUGUUCACAUAUAAGACAAAAUCUAAUGUAACAUUAUAUGAUUGAUAAUCACCUGAUAAAAUAUCUGCAAAUAUCGACAGUGUGAGCCAGCCUCAGUAGAACACUUUUGAUGUCAAAAUGUGAUUUAUAGAACAAAUGGAAAAUGGAAUCUAUUUGUUUUAUAUUGUAUUUUUCUGUAACUUUUUCCAAAUUUGCACAAAUUUCAUUCCUACAGCGUGUCAAAUAAUUUCUUAAUGUAAUGUUGAGACUGUGCCAGCUACUAAAGUCAUGUAUAUAUAUCACAAAUAGCCUGGUACAUCCAUUCCCACCYCUCCCCACUAUGAGAAAAAUUUCCUCACAAACUUUUUCCCGCAGGGGUAGGGGUGGGAAUGGAUGAACGCAGGCUAUAUCACAAGUUAUUUUUUUAGGAAAUAGUGUUUAAUCAUGGUAAAUUGCAUAGGUUUUUAUGUGUAUAACUUGCUUCUCAUGGUCCUGUAUUCAAACCUGGAUAUUCAGCCUAGAUUAUCAGUUUUAAUGUUCACUCACGGUUUUCAGUGUAAAAUAAUGAACAGUUUUACAAAUAAAGCAUUGAAAUAUUUUAUUA